UCUACCAUUGAGUCUUUGUGAAGUAUUGGGCAUUUGUGUCUUUCAAUCUAGACUACAUGAGACCUCCCAAUGAAUGUAGAUUUGAAUAUUCUAGUGGUGGCGGGAAUAAACUACAAAUUAGAUUUAUGUGAUAUGAUUUAUUGAAUCGAUUCCGAUUCAGACUUUGAUGUAACUGUAUUUCUAUUAUCUAAUAUCCUUAUUUUUGUUUCAAAAAAAACUUAACACUGUAGCAUUUUCCACGACAAGAUUUUCAUUCUGUUCUUUCCUUAAACUGUUUUUUUCCCCCUCCCCUUUUUAAGAGUGCAUGUAGAUACGUGACCUGUGUCCAUGAGUGUUGCAGAACGAGAUAUGCUAAUAGACACAAUGUCUGAGCCAGAAAGCAAAGCGUCCUUUUACUUUGACCAUUAUGUCUGGCUGCUUGAUUGGGUGAUAGGGGAGGGGCGUCGAUAGAGAAGUGAAUGGGUAAGCGGGAGUUGGAUUGGUCAUCUCCAGACUUGCCCCUUAGUGCUUACUAGGCGUUCUUUGUUACAAUUUGCCCCAGUGACCUUGUGACCAUGAAUAGAAGAAAUGUUUUUCAUUACCAAUACGUUGGGUAAGUUUUGGAGGGAGGGGUAUUAUGUAAUAGAAAGGGGGGGGGUAUGAACGAGAGAGAGAGGGGAAAAUGGACGGGGGCUGGGUGGUGAGGGGAAGACAAAUCCCAGUAUAAAAGGCCGUUGAUUGCGUUGAAGGCAUUUGAUUGGCAGGUAGGGUUUAAAGUGAACAGUUCUUUUAGAAGUGUUUAGGCUAUUGGUGUAGUGUAAGCCUAGUGGUCAAGACCUAUCUGUGUGCUAGGAGUUGGCAGAAUUGAUCCUGAAAUAUACAAGAUAAACACAAGCUUAUCUACUGGUUGUUUAUUGCAAUAGCUACCAGGGCCUUGAGGCAAUGGUUCGACACAGCCCCUCCUCACAGUCUACCAGACCCACAUGGCCGCUAGCACCAUCCUCUUCAUCCCCACCUGUAGUAGAUGAGAUAGUCAAUCACUCCACUACUGCAAAUCUCCAUGGAGCAAUAGGUGAACACAGACGUACCAGUCGCUCAUCAUCAGUUUCUUCUGGUGGAUCCAGCACCAACAGUGCAGAUGGAUUAAAUGGAUUGGAUGUUGGUCGCCAGCAAUCUCAGAGUAGGCUUGCAUUGGCACAACAGAAUCAUGUUGUGCAGGAUGCAUCUCUUCUAUCUCUGAAUGGAUCACAGGAUAAAAAGGACUCCACAGAAGCUAAACAGCCGCUGUCAGCAUCAGAUGAUUCUGGGCAUUUCAACUUAUUUAUGGGCAGUCAAAGCUCUGGACACUUGCAACAGGAUAUACAGAACUUUCCUGACCUUGCUUCAAGACAAGGGAGACCAAUAAUUGGCCCAAACAACAGUUCCAGUACAUUUACGCCUUCUGUAACUGAACCAGACAUGAGCCGAUUAUUCACUGAUCCAUUCAGUUCUAACCUUCUGAGUCCAAGCGUGCAGCAAGACCUCAACCACUUGGGCCUGCCCAACUUCUUUGACAGUUUGACACCAUCAGCCAAUGAUGUUGGAUCGAUUGGCACCCUGUCACCUUAUGUUCCUGCAUUAAGCUAUCAGAUUCUCAGUGAAGGAAACAGCCUUUUUAAUAGUACAGGAUUGUUCUCUGGUAGCCAGAAUAUGAGCAACAAAGCCAGUGGUAGCAGUAUGUUUCAGAGCCAGCCAACUCAGAGUGCUUUUGGUUUGUCGGGUGGUCAGAGUAACUACAAUAGCGCUCCAGUGCAGUAUGGUAGUAAUUCUAAUUUAUCCAACUUCAAUUCUGCCUCUGCACAGAGUACCUAUGGCUUGAGCAACUCUGGAGUCAAUGGAAGCUAUGGCAACUCUACAGGAUAUUUCUCCUCCAACAGACAAGGUAAUGAUUAUUAUGGUCCCUCUGGUUCAAAUUACCAAGCCUAUGGCUCUCAAGAUUUUAGCCUUCCACCACCACCCACACAGCCUUGGCAUGGCAAUGCCGGUACCAUGCCAGAGUCGAUGGCCAAGCACAUCAUUUGCGAAGGCUGCAAUAAACAGAAGAAGUGGCCUCAUACCUUGGAUUGUCUUCAUAGUUUCUGCUUCCCAUGCAUUGCCUCUAGGUUUAGCCCCACAGAUAAAACCAUUACCUGCCCCAAGUGUCCUAGGAAAACAGUAGCUAGGGAUGGUCCUUGCAACAUUCUUCUUGAUUACCAAGGAGCCAGGUACAUGAGAGAGAAGCUAAAAGUUUUUCCUUUUGGCUGUACUGGAUGCACCCGAGAUCAGGAGGCUGUUACCUGCUGCACAACCUGCAUGGCUUUCCUUUGUGCUGAAUGCAAGGAGGGUCACAAGACCAUUCACCAUUUUCAAGGUCACAGCCUGACACCCAUCACCAAAAUUGGAAAGUGUGCUGAUGGAGACUACAAGCCACUUUGUGAGAAGCACAUGACAGAGCCCUUAAGUAAAUACUGCUGCACUUGUGAGCUGAUGAUGUGUGAGAGAUGUGUUGGUGAUCAUCAUCACUCAGAAACUGCCAACAAUAGCCACGACAUACAAGAGAUCUACUACAUUGUUGUUGAAAGGCUCAAGACCUGGAAUGAGGAUGCAAGCAUUAAGCACAAGGAUGUGGUGGAAAUCACGAAGAAAGUACCUGUUCUCCUCCAGGCCAUGGACAAUAAAAGGCGAGGCUUAAGAAAACAAAUUGAAGACUACUCAGACUACUGCAAGACUGUUGUUGAUCAAAACAGAAUAGCUGCUUUAGAGAUGUUGGACAAGACUCACAAUGCUAUGGAAACUCAUGUUACUAGUUGGGCAAAAAUUAUCUCGAGUAUUGAGCGUGAGCUGGAAGCAGUGUCCUCGUUCAAUUCUCGUACACUUGAAGGUGGUUCCAAACUGGAUCUCCUGAAAUUGCUACCUACAAUGGAGAAUGAGUACAAGCGAUGUGUAGCUGGUUAUGCCGAAACAAUAAAAGACACAGAUGGCAUCAAAGUGGAUAUAAAGUUUGACCCCAACUACAAAGAGUCUCACACUGUCUUGAAUCAAAAUUUUAUGUCAAUAAGCUAUAUGGUGAAUGACAUUGAGCAGAAAGUUUCUCCGACUCCCGGCACCCAGAGGAAUGAUUUUACUAGAACCCGACCCAUAGCUGACUAUGCUGCAAGUGGUGCAGCAGAAAACUCUGAUUGCAACUACCAGCGCUGGUCGGCAGCCCCUGAUUCUAUGUCCAUUUCCACCUGGAACAAUGUGAGCGAGCGUGACAGAAAGAAUGGCACCUUCAUACCUCACUUGAACCGCUGCCGCACCAAGACAUCAUACAUUCAUAUGUUUGGCGAGUAUGGUCGAUCAGAAUAUGCCUUUACAGAACCAAGUGGUCAAGCAUAUCUUAAAGAUGGAUCCUAUGUUAUUUGUGACACCAAUAACCAUCGAAUAGUGUAUUACAACAACAAGCACGAAUUUGUCCGCACAAUUGGUCAACCCCCUAAUCUGCCUCCAGUUGCAGAGGACUCUGAGAACAGAAGUAAUGGGAUGCGCAACAAAGGCUUUACCAGACAGGAAGGCUAUCUGUAUUUCCCCAACAGAGUUGCAAUUUGUCCUAUUACACAGAAUAUCAUAGCAACUGAGCGCCCACCAAGUCAUGACAUACAGAUCUUUACCAUUGAAGGAGAAUUUGUCAGAUGUUUUGGCGGCAACAUCCUUCAGCACCCCAGAGGUGUCACUGUUGACGAGGAAGGCAUUAUCAUUGUGGUGGAAUGCAAAGUGAUGAAACUUGUCAUGUUCAACCAGGAUGGCAACUUCAUUGUUUCCCAUUCUCUCACUAAAGAUUUAGAAUUCCCCAACGAUGUUGCUGCCAAGGAUGGGAAAAUCUUCAUCAGUGACAAUCGUGGUCAUUGUGUGCAAGUAUUUGACUACGAUGCACGCUUCCUGUACAAGAUUGGCAAUGAGAGCAUCACUUAUUUCCCCAUUGGUGUGUCCAUCAAUUAUCUGAACCAGGUUGUGGUCACUGAUAACCACAACACCUUCAACAUCACAGUGUUUGAUAUCCAGGGUCAAGUGGUGAAUAUAUUUGAGUCUGUCAGCAAGCUGGCCCAGUGUCACAAUGUGGCUGUCCACCCAAAUAGCUUGGAGUUGAUGCUCACCACCAAAGAUUGUAGUGUCUAUUUCUUCAACUACGACCCAAAUGUCACUCACCCCCUCACCCCUCCAACUAGUCGACCUGGCCAUGUUCUCAACCCCCGGCGUGGAGGACGCGGAAAUGGCAGUGGCGGAUCCACUGGCUCUACCUACUACUAAAUGUCACAAAAGAUGGAUAUUUGGACAGUUUCUUUUUCCAAUUUUUUUAACAUUGCCUUGGUUUUUUUUUUUUUUUUUUUUUUUUUUUUUUUGUUGGUUUUUUUUUUGUUGAAUAAUACAGCUUGUUGUUAAGAGAUUUUUACAAUGACAUCUAUUACAAGAUCUAGCUCCUGUUAAAUUGUUGACAUUCAGCCAUGUAAUGAAUGCAAGGACCAGAUUCAGAUUUUUAAAAGCAUUAAGGGUCCUCGUUUGAGAAAUGCCCCCUUAUUUUUUCUAUCUCCCAAUGAUUAACACAUUUUGAUAUGACCAUUGUUUUCUCAACUGUUUAAUGUUUUUUUUUUUCAAAUUAUUUUUCUUUCAUCAAUGUUGUGGAUAUAAUCCUAAUUUUGUUUUUAAUAUUUUUUUCAGACAUCAAUAUUGUUACCUAGUUGUUGUACUAUUUUCUUAUGAACUUUGUGUCAAGAAUUAAAUUGUUGGAUAUUUUGAAGAAAUGUUUUUGUUAGCUGUGAAAAAAAACAACAAAUGGAUACUAGAUGUUAACUGGUUGUGUUGGCCAUCUGUUAACUAUAUUAAGACAUGUUUUUUAUACAAUCUUUGAUCUUUUGAUGUUGUGUCCAAGUCAGGCAGAAGUAAGAGAGAGCUGUUUGUUGAAAUGUAAAAAUUUUUUUUUUAUCAAUUAUAGAAUCUUUUUUUUGUGUGUUGUUACUCUGACAGUUGAUACCUCAUUUCUAGUGAUAACUCCACAUGACCUAGAUUGUUGCACUGAUUUCAGUUAGUUAUCCCACACCUACAUAUUUAUAUAGGUAUGACAAAUAGAAAAAAAAAAACCAGAUGAUUUCUUGACAGCUGCAUGACUUUCGAACAGAAUUUUUUGAGAGAUAUUAACUAAUGUACCAUUGAAUUUUGCUGGCCUCUUGUUGAAAUAUAAAAAAAAAUGAUAUAAAGCUUUUUAGUCAAGACUGUUACAUGACAAAAUGUCUGCCAAAGAUUUGUUAACAUUGUAGUCUACUGUAUACCAUCCAUUUUCUUGAUCAGGAUAUUAUUGUCCCUAUUAGAGUUUAGUUAAAGAGAAUGAUAGCAGUAUUAUUUAUUUACCCCUGUAUAAUUUGUACAAAACUUGUUUUGGAAAAAGAAGUUGUUUUUUUUUUGUUAAAAGUUUUGUGAAACAGAAAUUUGUUGAUAUGAUCCAUGCAAAUCUGUGAAGUAGUUUUAACAACACAAACAAAAUCUCAUUGUUCAAAAUAUAUAUUUAUAUAUUUAUACAUUAGCUGUUUUUGUUUCUCCCUCUUCCCUUCCCUUAUUUGAAAACUCUUUUCAGACUGUGCAAUAAUUUAUUGAGAGUGUUUGACUAAUUUUCUUUUCUGUCAUAUUGCACCUGUUGAACGAAUUCCUCCUCAAUAAAUUAUGUUUCAACUUGAAUUUUCAGCAACUGCUUAGUUCAACAUUGCUUUAUUUUUUAAAUAAUUUUUAGAAGUUAUCUUUUUUUUCCCUUUAUUUUUCUUUCUUUUUAUUUUAAAUGUUUGAUCUAAAAAGUGUUUCUGAACAACAACCGAAUUUCUGAGCAAUCGACUCUUUAAAAGUUUUAUGAAAAAAAAAAAAAAAAAAAAGAGGUUGAACUCGUUUGUACAUAGCCAAAUGUUAAAAACAAUUUUAAGUUAUCUGUGGUACUCGAUAUUGUGAAAAACUAUAUUUCAACUUUGUUUCCUGAUGUUAUUGUUAGUUCACUCUGACCACCUGGUCAUUGUUUAGUGAGAUCAUCUUGUCUGUGUUGGAUUGUGUCAAGCAGAUGAUAGUUGGACAGUUUUCUCGACUUCUCUCUUGAUGGUGUCAUUUCUUUCCUGUACAUUCUUUCUUUUGUUUUUUUUGCUGAACUGUAUUGCUAACCAGCUAAUGCGUUUAAAGUUUUCAUUCUUUCCCCACUCCAAUGAUUGUCCUAAUUUUGACCCACUGACAUUAAUUUUAAUUUUAAAGGUAACUAUUUAUGGAGUUUUUAAUACAAUUUUUAUAGUCUCUCCAGUUAUGUUUUUCUGAUAGCAAAUUUUUAACCCUGUGAACGUGGUUGGGAAAUUGACAUUCUUUAUCUGUUUUAUAGACUCAGAUUUUUCUUUAGUGUAUAACUAUUUUUAGUUCAGUUUUUUUUUAGAUUGCUAUAUUUCUUGUUACAAAUGUAGAGAUAGAAUUGCAUAAUAAUAUUGUUAGUUUCUGAUCUUCACAAAUCUUUGAUAUUUUGUAUGAUUUCUUUAAUGUAUGUAUAUUUGGACAUUUUUAACAUUUUAUUUAUAUUUAUAUACAUAUAAAGCAGUGUGUGUGUUUGACUCUAAAUACGCACCCUUUGAUUUCUCAUGCACACUCACUUGUAUGUGUAUAAAUAUAAAUAGUUGGACAGAAUGCUGUCUAUAUAUAUAUAUAUAUAUGGAAAGAGAUGACUAUUAUUUAUAACCUGUGUCUAGUAUAGAUUACAUUUUAUUUGUUUUUUUUUUUGGCCAUCAUCAUGUGUGAUUCUAUUUAUUGAUCAACAACAUUUCAUCUCAACAUCAUCCUGUGAAUGUCAGAGCUCACUCAAAGCAACUGCUUGGAAGGAAAAAUUGUAGGAUAAUUUUUUUUAGGGCUUCUUUUUUUUUAAAUCAGUGUUGUAAUGGUGAAUCUAUUCCACACAACUUUUGAUAUAUUUAUUGUUGGCUUUGUUUUGUUCAUAGUCACGGUUAAUUCAAUGAAGAGUUUGAAAGGGAGCUGUUUAGUCCAUAUCUCUUUGAUUAGACUAAAACAAUGAUUGUGUUAGUUGUGCAAUGUGUUUUGUUUAAACAUUGUAAUUCCUCAGUUUAGCAAUAGUGUUUUUUUUUUCCAAAAAAAAAACCCAAAUGAAAUAUGCAAUGCAAUUGUUUUGUCAAAUGUAUAUUUUUGUUUAAUAUUAAAAGCUGGGGUUUUUUUUUUUACUUCCCAAUUUUUCCUGUCCUUUUGCAUUUUUCUCUUCCCAUUUCUACUUGCACACCAACCCUCUCCCUCAUUUUCACACAUCUAUUAGUUGAACAAGUUCUUCCAAUGUUGCUUGUUAAUUUGUUUAAAAAGAAAAAGAAAUACUUAUUACUGCCUGUCCAUCAUGAAAUUGUUUUUUUUUUUUAUAAAUAUUGUUCUCAUUUUCCACUCAAGAUAAAAUUGUUAUGUAGCCAAAAUCAAAAUUUUUUUUAAACUUUAAAAAAAAAAAAGGCAACUGCUAAGCUAUGUUGUGCAACUUGUGUUUAUAUCUGGCCUUAAAUCUUGUUUAAAUCUGGCACACAAUAAUUUUUCUGACAUGCACAUUUUGUUUGUUACAUUUCUUGUUUAUAAGAAAGCUUAAGCUUUACAGCCAUGACAAGUCCUCACUUUUCCUUUGGUUAUUUAGAGCUUUGAACUUUCAAUAAAAAGGGUAAGACUGAUAUUCCAGAAAUAAAUACAAAAUAGAGAGAGGCAUUAGCUAAACAUUAUGACAUUUAAUUAAUUCGAUAAAAACUAUUUUAUUUGUAUUUCUUUACAUUCUUUUUAAUUUGGUCAUUUCUCGGCAUCAUUUUGUUUAGUCAUAAUAAAUGGGAUCAUUCCAAUGAAGAAGUGCCUGGGUAUAUGCAUUUAGUUUGUCAUCCAAAACAAGGUUUUAACAGCAAAUUCUAAAAGAAUACAGUAUUACACUAGCUUGUCACGUAUGCACUUCUAGGGGCCGUUAUUAUGUCUGCUUUUAACAAUUCUAUUUUCACAUUAACAUUUUUAACAACUUUUUGUAAGACUUUUUUUUUCAUAAAGAAAAAUUUUUAACCAAAAGAAAUUCAAUUGUUUUUGUAUACAGGUUUAUCUUGGGUUUCUUUGAAAAAUGUAUUUUUUUUUCUUUUUGAAGAUUUGUCAUUGAGACAUUCUCAUUUUCUUAUGUUCCGAAACUGAGUACUUCUACUAUUACCUUGAUGAAUUAAUGAUUGUUACAGUUUAUGUUGUUGCUGCUACUGCUGCUGCCACUGUUACAAUAACUAAACAUUCAUCUUUUCAUCAUCCUUAUUAGCACAGCAUGCUUCCGAGUUUUAUCUAACACCAUUUUGGUUGAAUCCGUUUUAUUUUUCAAUGAGUCCAUAAAUGUUCUUGCCCUAAAAGCUAUCCAAGUUAGAUUUGUAGUGUUAUGUUUUUUUUUCUCCUGUAGGUAGCUUCUAAGAUUUUCAUGCAUGAACUCUUGUUAUGAUGAGCAUGUGUUCUUUUCAUGAGGCUUGUUAUUUAGAAAUUGAUGUUGGAUUUGGGAAAGAAACAAACACAAAAAGAAGGGUUGCAGGAUGGUUUCUUACAACCUGUUGAGAUCAGACAAAACAGCUUAAGGCCCUCUACAUUACAUAUAUUUGCAUUGCUUGUUUUGUGCCACAAACAUAGAGAUUAUUGGAAUCAAUAUUGUUACUUCUAUUAACUUGCAACUGUCACCUUUGUGUCGUUUGUUAUUGCACAUCAUUGAGCACCUAACUAUAGCUUCAUUCAAACGUUAGCUUUGUAUCAUUUUGUUCUACAUUCAUGGCAGAGAACAGCUCUAAGAUUUAUAAGAUACAUUUCCUCUCAAAGUGCUGUUUCCUAAUCCUUGUUAAGCAAUAUGUUUUGACCAGUACUGAAUGAUUUGUUUUCAAACACGUUUUUUGGCUGGUUAUGUUUCCAUUGGCUGCCAGGAUUAGCCAAGAACAACACUGAAUACAAACUGCCAAAUGAGAUGUCAACAAUGAGAUAUGAUUAUCCAGCUAAACGCACUGAAUUCAUAAUGUUUUUAAUUAUUGUUAUAUUUUAUUACUGGUGCCAACAUGACAAACUUAGCUUUAUUAUAUUGGUAUGUAUCAAGUGUUUUUGUUUUAAAUCUGUACUGGACAAAAUCACUUAUGUUUGUGAAUGGAUAGUACUUGUCACAUUGAAACUAUCCUUAAAUUGAAAGUUGUUAAGUAAAACAUUUCUUUCGACAAAGCAUGUUAUGCAAUGGCCAAUUUCAAGUACUAGAAAGCUCAGUUAAUUUAUUUCUUAGCUUAGAUACACAAUAAUGUUGCCAACCUUUUCAAUUUCUUAUUCAGCACCAUAUCUAAAAAAAAAAAAACAUUAUUCACAACUUCAUUACAAGUUGUGACCAACUUUUUUGUUUCUAAUGCCAAAUGGUCAUGACUUUUUUCCAUUUAAAUUAUUUAAAAAAAUAUCCAUCAAGUUUUUUUUUUAUUAAAUACUUUUUUUGUUUGUAUUCUUUCAGUAGAAUUUACAAGUCUAAUGAUGUAUUUAUAUUUGUUGAUAUUUUUGUUUGUUUGCUAGAUGAAGUAAUCUUUUGUCCAGGUGUUAUUUCUGCAAUUUAUGUCCACAUGUACAUCCAAUCAUUCUGAGCUUUAAUUAACAACUACAAGAUGAAUUCAAUGAAAAAAAAUCAUCCAAAAAAGCCAACUGGAAAUAUUAACAUUGGACAUUUUGUUUUGGCCAUAGUACAUGCUCUCUGUGUUUGAAGAUGAACUUCUAGUCUUGAUUGUGAUGGUAAUAUAUACUCAGGUCAUUUAAUGUUUUUUUUUUGUUCUGCUUUGUUUCUUUCAUUCUAACUUAAAAUGUAAGGCAGAGUCUUGAAAGCUGGCUUGGUUUUAAUGAAAUGAAUACCCUAAUGAAAUGUCAGAAAGUAUCAAGAUCGUUCAAACAUUUUAUUUGGCACAUGUUAAUUGUAAAAAUGGAAUCAAAUUGAACUGUGAUUUGUACCACACAAUGUGAUCUGAAUUAUCAAAUUUUAGAAACAACACAUUUGAAAUCCAUUGCUUUGCUUUUCCUAUCAGACUUCUAGUUUUUCAAGCAGUAGAUGUAUUUUAAAAUUCUGUUUCUUAUUGGUUUGAGAAAGUUAUCUCUUGGAGUAGUUUUCCACAAAUUGAUUUGAGUACUCCCAUUUUUCACACCCCCAUACCUAUUUUUUUUUUUAUUAUUAUUAUUGAAUGGAUCUCUUCAUUUGAUUCAUCUGUCAAACUUAAGUAAACAGCCCAAGAAAAUUGAUAUUAUUUUUAUCUUUGUUAACACUAUUACCCAACUAUUCCAUACCAAUACCAUACAUUAUGCACAGUACAUGAUUCAUCUUGACAAACAUGUUAGAUCGCUCUCUCUAGAGUGUAUAUGUUGGCUCAUCAGAUUCUGAUAGUAAGAUAGUGUUUAAAGUACAGUUUGAAAGAGUAAAUUCAAACUCUGGCUUUUUCUUUGUUUACUUUUUCAUGAGCAGUAUUUUUUUUUUCUUUUGAAGACUAGUUUUUUUCUUCUUCCUGGGCAGUAAAACUGUUAACAUCUUGUUGCAGUUGGUAAUGUCUCUGUAAUACUCCGUAUGUUGAUUUCCUAAGCUGUAAGAACAUGAAGCUUAUUAAGCAUUUAAUGUUAAACAUUCAGACCAACUACAUCUUGUAUCUGAGCCUCAUAACCAAUUUCAAUGCAAAUCAACAUUGUGUUGUUUUUUUAUUUAUUUUCUUUGAAUCUAUUAAAAACAAAUUUUUGUUAUGACUUGUGCUAAAAUUAGUGGAUAUAAUACAGAUUCUCAAUCUUUUGUCCCACAAAACAAAAUUUUGUUUACCUUAACAUGAAACUUAGGGGAAUAGAAAAAAGAUCUAUGUGUGUCAUGUUUUAAGUUGAAGACAAACUCCAACUGUUAAUUCAUGUAUUGAAGGCAGUAGUAUUACAUUUCUAAGGUGCUACCAUUGUUCAGUUCAUCCUGUGUACACUGUCCGUAUCUUAGUAUUUGUUGAAAGACUUUUUUUUUGCCCUUGGCCUGCCAAUUAGUCAACAGAAUUUUCUUUACUUUUCUAAAAAUGAAUGAUGUUUUAGAUAAUUAUAUAUUGAUGUUUAACCUAGAUUUUUUUUUUUUUUUUUUUUUUUUGAUGUUGUAUUUUAGUUUCAAUUGUUGUCAAGAAGGGUAAGGCAUGUUAAGAACUCUUUUGUUUAUAUGUAAAAGCUACACUGAUUCAAGAUUGUUAAAGAUGUCCAUCCUAUUUAUAGUGGCCAGUUUUCUUUUGUGCCUCUUUUUCUUUGUUUUAAGGUACACAAAGUGAAACUCUUACCUUGCCGUAUUUUAGUCCUAGUCCGAUUACUAAUGUAUUUAAAAGACUAGUUAUGUCUGUUCUAUCCAAAGCAAAUGUUGUAAAAUAAAUUAACUCCUGAGUCAUGCAUUCUUGUUGAAAUCAUGAACAAAUUUUUUAUGACUAUAUUUUAUAAAAUUAUUUAUUUGUUGGAUGUUGUCUGUUACAAUAAACUUGAACAAUUCAAUGUGCAUUUGUCUGAGUGUGUAUUCUCUUUUUAUUUUUAAAAUGAAUUAAGAACUUCAGGCCUGAUGCUAACAUUUAAAGAAAAAAAUAAAUGUGUGGCCUUAAUAGUCAUUGCUGAAACUUGUUAAUUGUUACUGAAGCUAAAACAAAACCACAUUAAACUGUUCAGGUACACCCUUUCUCUCUUACUGCAGUCCCUCCAGAAGCAUUAUUCGCAAAAGUGAAGACCAUAUUCCAUCUUAAGGGGAGGUAUCCCUAGAGAAAAUUGAGUUUUAGGUCUAGGAUAUCGAUUUUUAACUAAUAACAUAAUUAAGUAGAUCAAUCAUUUUUCUUUACAUUACAAUCAUUUUUAUUGCUUAAAUCUGUGUCUAAAACAUGUUUUUUAAAUGUUUUUGUAAGGUCUAUGAGACAAAAUCUUAAUAAAAUUUAUACUUUAAACUCAUUUUUCUCAGAAUGUUAGUUUUUGCACAUGUCAUUGUGCUUUACUAGGAAUUUCUCCUAAACUACUUGAUAGAUUUUGAUGAAAUUUGAAACACUUCUUAAGAACAUCAUUAGCUUUACUCGUACAAUGAUUUUUUUUCAAUAUUUUAUUUACUUUUUUUUUUAAAGAAUUUUUAAUAAAUAUUUAUCCUGUUUUUUUAGGUCUAAAAAAUACUAAAAAUUCAAAAAUUUGUAAAAAAUUUAACAUACUUAGAUCUUUAAUUCUGACUUUGUAUCAAUUUAGAGGAUCCUUUUUUCUUAUCUUUUAAUUCAAUUUCAUGUAUUUCUGAUCAAUAGUUUUUAUAAAAUUCAGACUUUUAAUUUGUAUACAAUAAACAAUAUGGCCGCCGUUACCAUGGCAACCAUCAUUCAAAAAACUUUUUUUUAGCAUUAUUUAUUUUAGAAUAUCAUUAUAUGUUACCAUAACAAAUUUCAAAGGCCUAGCUUCAGAAAUAACAAAAAUAAGAUUUUCAGGGAUACCUCCCCUUAAUGUACUUAAUAGUUCUACCCUGAGGAGAUACAAUUUAAGUCAAAGACUUUGAACAAAGAUGAAUAGAUGCUUAAAGGGAGUACUUCUUAGUCUACUAAAUCCAUUAUUGGUAUUUCAAAUAGAGCACAUCUUUUUCAAGCAUUGUUAACAUCAAUCUAAAAUGCAUCCAAUACAAAUAAUUAAUAUUUUACUAUCUUGUACUAGACAUUUUUCUUUGUUAACCGAUUAUCAGUUGUUUUUUUAUUGCAAGGAAUAAUAUUGACUACUUAUAAUUGAAAUUGUUAGUAAUGUAGUCUUUUUGGUAAGGCAUUGCUCAGAUUAAUCCAUAAUCAUCAGAAUGCAUAGAAAUCCCUCCUUUUCUUGUUAUGGCACAGGUUAUAGAUUCAAAAUGAUUUUAAUGGUUGUGAUGUCUUAGGAUGUGCAACAUUAAUGAACAUUUUUUUUUGCUUGUUGUCAGAGAUUGUACAUUUUUAAGUUGAGCUGGACAAAAUUUUUUUUUUUUUUUUUUUUUUUUUUUUUUGUUCUUCUUUGUAAUUGGAAGAAUACAAAUAACUUGUGCAAACUGUAAGCAUGUGGCUUAGGCCAAGACAAUCUGUUAAACUUUGAUUGCUCUUAAUUUCAUAUCAAGAAAAAUGAUAAUUCCUUUUAUUUAUUAUGUUUUGUUUUGUGAAAUGUCUACCUUAUACAUAAUACAGCAGCGUUGCAUUGUAGCCAUGUUUUCAAUAGCUUCUAGUUGACAUUCAGCCUCAUUGUUGUUGAUUUUUUUUUUGUUCGUAUUUCCAAGGGCAAAAUGUUGUUGGCACAAUGAAUGUAUUUUUGGUACUCACACCUACCACCCCUUGUUCUUUUUGUCGUGUGCAGUGUUUAACCAAGACAUACUGUUUAUCCAUGCAAAUGAUGGUGCUCAGACCUUUGUUUUAACAUAAGAAAAUAGUUUUUGAUGGUUUCCAUUUCAUGUCCCCUCCCACUCUUCUCACUACCUUCCACUAAUAAAUUUUUAUACAUUUUUUUAUUUGGCGUUACUUUAAUUUGAUUUUGUUUGCCUUAAUAACACAGUAAGAGAAGCUAUGUAACAAUGUGUCAUAACUAUUUUUGUUUCACCAUUCAAAUCUGUCAUUCAAACAAUCUUUUCUGUCAGAUCAUAAUCAACUACAUAUGCAUUUAAAGUGUUAUUUGUUGCUUUUAUAUAUAUUUUAUAUAUGUUAUGUAUAAUUAUAUAUUAUGUUAAAAUAAGAACUGGUUAAAAAUGUGUAAAUUAUUUUCUAAUUAUUUAUUUCAUUGACUUAAACUUGAAAAUUGUAAUUUAAAAAAAAAAAUGAUUCCUACUUGUUACCUUGUUAAUGUCUUGUAAUGUGAUGACAGGUGUGACUAGUUGUAAAACACAGAGCAUUGGGUUAGUCUAGUCAUUUUGUAUUCUGUUGAUUUCAAUAAUUAAUACCAGGGAGAGAAUAAGCUAGUGUUGAACUGAAAACUAAGUCUAGUACAUAGGGUAAGUGGAUCACAUCUGGUCACUGGAGAAAGAUAGUUGUUGAAGAAGACCAGUCAUCUGGUCAAGCCCACACAGAUGUUCAAAGUGACCUGUCUGUUAUACUCUAGUAGAAAAACAUCUCCAGUACUUAAUUGAUUAAGAUCUACUACUUGCUUAUUAACUGUUGUUUCUUUAAAAUAGUUGAGGAUUUUCUUGUACGCCCCCCUACAGCUGGAAGUCACUGAACUCCACGUUUUGCACACAAUCAUUGACAGAAUUGUCUUUGGGACUUGUGAGUUGAACAACACAAAAAAAAAACAAAAAAAAAAGCAGUUACAAUCAUUGUUUAGCAUUAAGGGGAUAUUGAAUUAUUGACAAGAAAAUAUUGUUCUGUUAUUUAUUGAUGUCAUGAAACAAGUGUUUUAUUUAUUUGUAUUCAUACACAAUGUCAAUACUUUUGAUUUGAAAUUGUUUUCCUUGAACUCUGGGUAAUGCUGCAUUGUAUUUAUUGUUACCACCAUGUAUGUAUGUUUCUCUCACUUCCUUGCCUUUGUGUGUGUGUGUCAAUUUGUUGUUUAGAACAGGUUCAUAUCUAAUAAGUGUACAAAGUAUCAUUGAUAUUGUUAGCUGUUUUUUAGUUUUCUGUGUAAGUUCAAACUUUGCAUCAUGCUUCUCUUCUGUGGUUCUGCUUUCACCCGUUGAGGCUUCCAAAGAGAUGCUUGUCAAACAUAGUGCUGGGUUUCGGAGUAGCUCCUCCCAUAUUGCUAGAUAUGUUCUCUGCUCUAUAUUUUGUUCCAGUACAUGACAUUAAUACUAUAGUCAGAAAUAGGAUUGAAUCUGUUUUGAUGAAGUCUAGUUUUGCCAGUGCACAGAGCACCAAGCUUGAUAUUGGUAUGUGUUAAUAGCACAUGAAAUCUAUAUGUAGGAUUUAUUGAUGAACUGUAUAUUCCAUUUUAGUUUUAGUGUUACUCAUCGUUAAAACAUUUGACUCUGGUGUCUUUUUUUUUUUUUUUUCAGUUAUUUCAUUUUACAGAUAAACAUGAUUCAUUUUAUAUUUAUAUCUAUAUUUACAUAUUAUGUUGUUGUAUCAUCUCAAAUACACAAUUUUUUUUUAUCUAACCCUUUGUUUUCUAUUCAUCGUUAUUCCAAAUCCAGUAGAAGAAAAGAAAAACAAAAAAAAAAAAAAAGCAUUAUGUAUUUGUAGUAUGUGUAUGAUUUCUAAUACUUGCCAAAUAUAUUUUUGUUGACUGCUAGGAUGAACCUUUUUUUUUUUUUAAAGGUUUUUGAAAUGCACGAAAUGCAAAAAAAAAAUAAAAAAAUAAAAAAUAAAAUGAAUGCAUAAAAAAUGUAAUGACUAUGAUUGAAUAUUAAUAAGAGAGUUCAUGGCUGUAAGGAGAUAUAUGAUAAGUAUUGAGACGUAGAUGUAUUUAUUAUUUUUUUACCUCUGAGCUGUAGAUCAGAUGUGAGCCACCCAUCUCCAUGUGCUACAGUGUAGGCUUUGUUUGAAGGCAAACUACCAACUUUUUGAGUCAACUCACUUGGCAGGCUUAUUGGCUUACAAUGAUCAUGUCACAAGGUUGCUAGCCCCUGAACUAGAUCUUCUGUCAUUGAAGGUUUUAAUCUAGAAAUGAUACCAUUUAUCAAUCUGAGUUUUCUGCAUUUUUAAAAAAAAACUAAUACUAUGUUUAUUUAUGAGUUAAUUUUUAAUCACUGUGUAUAAUUAUUUAUUGACUUUCAGAUUUUUAUUGCUUCUCUUAUUGUCCUAACAGAUGGGUGCACAAUUCUUACUAACCAUAGAUCAUGUAUUUAUUUGUCAGCCCUGUGUUCUUUCAUGUCUAGCCAAGCUUCAAUCAGCUGUUUCAAAUUUUUAAAAGAGAGUUAAUUGUUGUCUUUUCUGUUUAUUUUUAUUACCAUAUUUGCGUGGACUUAUGUUUUACAGUUGUUGUUCUUUAUUUAUGUAUUUUUUUUAUUUUUUUUUUACUUGCAUUGGAUGAGAAACAUGCAACCUCACCGGAGAUGAGUGUAAAUUUAAGCAGUGAUUUUUUUUUAUUUUAAUCUUUUUUUUUGUUUUGUUUGUGUUAUAACUCCAUUCCCUAUUUAUUUCACAACAACAAAUAAAAAAUUAUCACUCGUACUAAAAAAAAAUGUACAAAAUUAAAUUAUUUAUGAAAUAAACUCACCUGUUUUUAUGAUGGCAAAGUCAGAAAAGCACUUUUAUACAGUUUCCUCAUACCCUGUUAUUAUGAUCUCAUAACAAAGGGAAGAGCACUCACACUACAUUACAUGCACCCAUUUUGUUGGGGUUACCUGCCUUGUUUUCUAGCUCAGAGUACAUGUAUAUUUAUUCCAGAAUUGCUCAUCAUCCUGAUAACACACAGACCCCCCUUUUUUUUUUUUUAUUCUAAAAAUAAAUUCCUUUUGCUCAUGGUAGAUAGUAAAAUGUUCUUAAAGACAUGUCUGAGUUGAGUUGUACUAGAAUAGGUAUUCAACUAUGGAGUAAUCUUAGUCAUGCAGUCAUCUUUAAUCUUUGGAAUCGACAUUGCCAUUAUUAUUAUUAUUAUUAUUAUUUCUUAAAGGAAAAGUACAUUGUUAGUCUGAGUACUUCUUGUGUUAACACAAAAUUAACAAUUAGAGCUGCAUUGUACUUUAUAUACAUAGUCUAUAAGCAUGGUCUUUUCUGUCCAUCUACUGCUAUACAAAAUAAAAAGUUGUUUCUAAUCCCAAGAAGAUUUCUAUCAAGACUUAAGUACCUUCUUCUCCUCCAGUAUCCAAUAGGAUCACUGGUUUCUAUGAAGUCAUAGAGCUGUAGUCAGUCCCCACUCCUUUUUGUUUUUCUGUCUUUUGUGAUUCCAUUUGACCAUCCAUGUGUACAAAAGAAACAAAAACUGUUCCAGUUGGAAGUAUGUACCAAAACCUUGUUGAUCUGUUACCUUAAUGCCAUACAAUGUUGAUGUGUUGCUGCACCCAUUGCUGUUCAACAGUUAGCAAUUAUCCCUUUUUGAAUCAAUUUUAUUCAAACAUUUUUGUGUAUGGGAACUUAAAAACAACAACAAAAAACACACUCAAUAUCAUUGUUAUCUUUUUUUUUUUUUAAUAUCACUUGGAAUGGCAGACCUUUUUUUUUAAAAUCAUAGUGACUGUAUAACCAGAGCUUGAUGUUCGCAAGGUGCUAAAUCUACAUGUCUUAUUGUGCUAUUUUUAAAGUAAGUUUUUUGGCAAUUGUAUUGUAUUCUUUUGUUUUGUUUACUUUGUUAAACAAAAAGUUUUAAAAGAAAAUACUCAGAAAAACCUACCUUGCAGCAACCUUUGAUUCCUUAUUAGUCUAGCUAAAUCUAUUUCAAAGUGGCAUUCAAAGCUUGCCUACCUUUUGAAGUCAAUUAUAAAUAUAUUUCUUUGUUAAGUGCUAGGGCCUGUAUAAUGAAUUGAAUACAUCAGAUAACUUGAUACUAAAGACACGUGUUAUAUUAUAUCACAGGAAUGUUACAUGGUACUGCCUUACAAGCCACAUUAUAUAUUCACCAACAAAACCUGUUGAUGUCCCACAAAGCUUCUUGCCUCUAGAAUUGAACAACCUCUAGUUCUACAGCAUUCAAACUAAAGUCCUUACACAGAUCAACUAAUUACCCCCCAAUCCAUUCCAUCUUUUGUUUCAUCUUUGCUUAAAGAGUCAUCCUACUUCAGGGAAUGUUUUAUUUUCUCCUGCUACAUAGUCAUCUCAAAAUAGAACUGGCCAUCAAAUUUGUUCUAUUUGUUGCUGGUUACAAUGCUAAACAAGUUUGUUUCAUUGAGGUGUUGAUUAUCCUUUAUGCAAAUUAUCAUUUGGCUUGAAGUUCUCAAUGUGUUAUAGUUUUUGUUUUAAUGGAAUCAAAGAACGAAUAGUUUCUGUUGGCAAAGUUGAUCACUGCUGAGCCCUGUCGAGUUUAGUCACCACGAAUUAUAUGUUUUUCACUCUACUUUGUUUUGUUUUUUUCAAUUUGAUCUCGCUAAACACCUUAGUCUUUAAAUGCUUGUCUUACAUAGAAAGGGCAGGAUGCCCUACUGUAACAGUGUGGGCUGUGACCAUGUUUUAAGUAUCAAACUAUUGUUAAUGUUCAAUUUUAUCUCUAUAUAAAUGUAACAAAUUUUUUCUUAACAUCUAAAUUGAAAUUGAAAAUUAAGGAAAAGAAGGUUGUUUUUUUUUUUUUUUUUUUUUUUUUUAAUUUUAAACAAUAUCCUAGGUCAUCAUGAAGUUGUCAAUCAGAGAUAUAAUUGAAGAAAUGGUCAUAAUACGAAAGAUUAAGAAAUAAGUUCUGCUGCUUAGAAUUAUUUGAAUGACUAAAUCUUGUAUUUUGUCCUUUGUUAAAAACCAAUGUGAAGUAGAUGCUGUUAUAAAGAAUCCUACACACACUCUUUGCCUCAGGUUUAUUAUGCCAUUAUAUAUCCAAUGUUUUUGUUGACUGAUAAAAUACUUUAUUAACUCUUUAACUUUACACCCAAUUUGUUACAGAAAGUAAACAAACAAACAAACAUUAUAAUACAACAAAUAUUUUAUUGUUACCAUCAUAAACUGCCAAUUUAUUCCAUGUGUCUUUUUGUUUUGUUUUGUUUGAAUUAUCUACUGUUCAGCAAUGAGUCUUUGAACCCACAUCUGUUUCAUAGGCCUAUUGUUAGUAGAUGUAUGUUGAUGAGGACCUCUUAGUUACACACUGGGCAAGAGUGUCCAGUUGAGGACAGUGCCCAGGUGUCUUUAUUACCUGCAGCUUGUUCAUCUUGUAGUGUGUGCUCUAAAUGUUUGCUGCCUCCAGCUUUAGCCCCCCACCCACCCAUUUUCUUGUGUCCAAUGAGAAGUGGCAGGAGAAGUCAAUCAAAGGUCAAAGUUGAUCAGGUGAUGGUUAAAAUAAAUCGGUUAAUGGUCAAAGUUGAUCCUGUGAUGGUUGGAUAUGAUCAAGUGAUGACUUAAAAUGGCUGUGGUGAUUGCCCCGGAAUGGCUUGCAUGAUGUGUUGUACAUUGACCUGUUGUAGUCAUUAUGUUGAAUACAUUUUUUCUAAAGACUAAAUCUGUAUUGUUAAAACCUACAUGCCGAGUUAUUGCCUUUUUGUUACUUUUGAUAACUUCUUUACUGGUACCCACCCAAAGUACAUUGUACAGUAGCUUGAAGACUCAACCCAGUUCAGUUUCUUGUCAUUCUCUGACACUCAAAUGUCAGUUAUUCUUUUACAUUUACAUAGAUUUCUGUGUUCUACUGUGUAGUCUUUAUGUGGAUGACUUGAGUUUUCUUACAGUAACCAUGUUCCUACUAAUUUUUUUUGGGUUUGGUCAGAGUGUUGUGUUUGAUACAUGUAAAACAUUGAGUUGACGCCUAACAAAACUGAUGCUUUAGGAGACAUAGUUGUAAUCAAGCUUUGUUAGUCCACAUUACUCAAUUAUCUCUAUUUUUGACAGAUUAAGACUUUAAAAAAAGUUGUUAUCUAUGAAUUAGUACUGUUUGGUUCAAUACAUUGUUUUUUAAAUUUCUUCCUAAAAGCUUCCAAGCAAACUUUAGCUUGCCCCCCUGCUCUGUAAUACUGUACUUAGUUUUUAGACUCACUUUUGUGUCAACAAGAAUGAAAGAAAUUUUUGUGUUUAAACUGCUCCAAGUCCGAGCACCUGAUUGUUGUUUCUGUUCUUUAUACAAACAUCUCUCUAUCUCUAUACAUUAACAGUUUUUAUUCUUUGAUUGUCAUUUGUUGAGUGUUUUUGGUAUUAAUAAAUAAAGUAUUUGUUUGCUUA